ACUUUACACAAAGCAUAUUGGUAUGAAGUUGGCAGAAAGGAAGGGAAUAUCCACUUGUUUUUUUUGUUCCGUCCAAGAAAUGCAGCUCUGGAUUUUCUUCCCUGUCGUUCUCUCCUUGACGUCCUUCAUUGGAACAUGGACUGUAUACGGCUUGGCGUACUCCAACCAACAUGUCUGCUCGCUCACCGACUGGUCGGGGGAGAACUUUUGCACUAUCAAUCACACCACCAACUGCUGCUAUAUUCCCACCAUAAGCACAAGUGGAACCAACGCCCCGGAGAAUUCCCUUUUCACAGCCACCCUCAACGCUUGUUCCUUUUUGUUUUUUCUCUUCUGCAUAUUCCACCAUGCUCACAUCAUGGAGAAAAAUGUGAUUCAAGCCGGCUUGAGCAGGUUGGCGCUAGCGUUUGGUGUGGUCGCCUCUUUGGGAUCAUUUGCAGCUGGAAACUGCAAUCCCGGCUACCUGACCCUGUGGCACCAUGCGGCGGCUGGGGUGAGCUUCACGUGCAUCUGCUUUUACACAUUCCUGCUGUCGGUGCUAACCGCUCGAUGUCAGCUGACGGGCUAUGAGAACGUACUCUACCCGCUACGCAUGGCGUCCACUGUGACACAGAUCAUCCUCACGCUUUGCUACACGUUCUGCUUUGUCCACCAUGACUACUACUAUUGGCACCUGUCAGCCGUGUUUGAAUGGACACUUAGCGGCAAUCUGCAGCUUUUCGAGCUCAGCUUCAUCGUAGAGUUCAGCUUCUUUUCGUCUUACAUGCUGUCCAACCUGUUCAACCGACGUGACGAGGAGGGGCCCCUCGUGUUGGUCUGACAGCCGGAAAACAUGAAAAACAUGAAGAUUCCUGUUAAUUUCCACAUUUAUUUAUGUCAAAACUAUUUAUGUGUUGAUGACUCGUGAGUAUGAUACCACAUAAUAAUACAGUAAAAUACUUGAGAUACGAGUAACAGGACUGAACAACCACAGCGAGCAAGAGGUAUACGCCACUUACCCGUGCAUCCCAAUGACUUGCAACGCUAAUCUUUUUGCCUACCUUGUGGCUAAGGUUCUACUUGAAGGAGUAGCAAAUGGCCAAAUAAUUUGUAGCUUCCUAUGUUGGAUGUGAGUGUUUGUGCAUGAUAGUGCCGAUAAAUAGUGUUUCUCGUCCGUCUUGAAAGUUGCUCUGGAUCUUCUCUUUGCACGAAAAGACUCCUGCUCCCUAUUUAUAAUAUUUUUUAUAAAAUUACCCAGCAAAACAUUGUGUUGUCCUUGUGUAUUCUUUGUUAGACCUAUAAAGUCAUAGUUGCACUAUUUGA